AUGACUUCACGACCACAUCAGCAGCUGGGACAACAAGUGUCCGAAGACUCAAGAGGACGUCAGCUUACCAAGAUGUUACCACAGCUCCAGAAAGAGGAUGACUACCGACCCUACCCUCCUCGGGGAACCACAGCAAGACUGAAGAUGAAGGAUGUCGUCCAACCGGAGGAAUCAUUACAACACAUCCGUGCAGGAAGGAAGGCCUUCCUGGUGCCCUACUGCGUGAUGCUGGUGUUGGGAGGAAUCCCCCUUUUCUUCAUGGAGCUGGCCCCGGGUCAGUACAACCCCAAAGGAGCCAUCACAUGCUGGGGACGCCUUGUACCUCUCUUCAAGGGAGUGGGGUACCAGGUGGUGUGUAUCGCCUUUUACGUCGACUUCUUCUACAAUGUGAUCCUUGCCUGGAGUCUGCGCUUCUUCUUUGCCUCCUUCACUACGGAUCUUCCCUGGACCAACUGCAACAACGAAUGGAACACCCCAAACUGCAGAGAGAUCGGCAACAAGGGAGCACUGGAGAACCUAGACAACACUACCGUCAUCCUGGAUGAAGACUACAACAACCUGUUCUUUGAUAACCUGACGGAGGUGUAUCCUGGGGCGGGGAGCGCCGCCCCCCUUAACAAGACCACUACACCUGCUGAAGAAUAUUGGACGCGCGAGGUUCUACAGAUACAAGAGAGCUCUGGGAUAUACAACUUGGGAGUGAUCAAGUGGGACCUGGCACUGUGCCUCCUGGCUGUCUACCUCAUCUGCUACUUCUCCCUUUGGAGAGGCAUUUCUACUUCCGGCAAGACUGUGCCUCGUAUUCUUUAUAAGAGUGAAAUGCCCCUGAAGGAAGAAAGCAUGUCCAGGCCAUCGAAUAUCUUCGUUGGUAUGAUCUACCAAGAACGUCUGUAUGGCUUCCCGACUUCAUCGAAUACAAACUCUUCUCCUGUUUGGACUUACUCUUCUGCAACAUUGCAAGCUACUGAUGUGUUUGCAACACGAAAGGCCUAG